AUGAAUCCGUUAUUCGGUCCCAACCUCUUUCUCCUACAGCAGGAGCAGCAGGGCCUGACUGGGCCCCUGGGGGAUCCCCUGGGAGGCGACCACUUCACCGGGGGAGGGGACUUGCCCGCGGCACCACUUACCCCGGCUGGCCCCUCAGCCUACUCACCGCCAGGGCCAGGCCCGCCCGGCCCGGGCCCGGCGCCCCCUGCCGCCAUGGCACUCCGCAACGACCUGGGCUCCAACAUCAACGUGCUCAAGACCCUGAACCUCCGGUUCCGAUGCUUCCUGGCCAAGGUGCACGAGCUGGAGCGCCGGAACCAGCUGCUGGAGAAGCAGCUGCAGCAGGCGCUGGAGGAGGGUAAGCAGGGCCGUCGGGGCCUGACUCGCCGCGACCCCGUGCAAACCGGCUUCAUCAGCCCCAUCCGGCCCCUGGGUCUGCCCCUCAGCACCCGGCCGGCCGCCGUCUGUCCCCCGUCAGCGCGAGUGCUGGGCUCACCCGCGCGCUCACCAGCCGGUCCCCCGCCCUCUUCGGCCUGCCACUCAUCGCCCUCCACCUCCACCUCCACUGCCUUCUCCUCGUCGGCCCUCAUGCCUGGCACAAUCUGGUCCUUCUCACACGCCCGCCGCCUCGGGCCAGGACUGGAGCCCACGCUGGUGCAAGGGCCUGGCCUGUCGUGGGUACACCCUGAUGGGGUGGGCGUCCAGAUUCGACACCAUCACCCCGGAGAUCGCGCACUCUACAACGUUGCCAAAGUGAAGCGGGAGCGGGAUGAGUACAAGAGGAGGUGGGAAGAGGAAUACACGGUGCGGAUUCAGCUGCAGGAGCGAGUGAAUGAACUCCAGGAGGAAGCCCAAGAGGCUGAUGCCUGCCAAGAAGAACUAGCCAUGAAGGUGGAGCAGUUGAAAGCCGAGUUGGUCGUUUUCAAGGGGCUCAUGAGUAAUAAUCUGUCAGAACUGGACACCAAAAUCCAGGAAAAGGCCAUGAAGGUAGAUAUGGACAUCUGCCGCCGCAUUGACAUCACCGCCAAACUGUGUGACGUGGCUCAGCAGCGCAACUGUGAGGACAUGAUUCAGAUGUUCCAGAAGAAGCUGGUCCCAUCCAUGGGGGGGCGGAAGAGGGAGCGCACGGCUGCUGUCGAGGAGGACACCUCCCUGUUGGAGAGUGAUGGGCCCCGCCAGCCCGAUGGGGAUGAGGAGGAGAGCACAGCCCUCAGCAUCAACGAGGAGAUGCAGCGCAUGCUCAACCAGCUGAGGGAGUAUGAUUUUGAGGACGACUGUGACAGCCUGACUUGGGAGGAGACUGAGGAGACCCUGCUGCUGUGGGAGGAUUUCUCAGGCUAUGCCAUGGCAGCCGCAGAGGCCCAGGGAGAGCAACAGGAAGACAGCCUGGAGAAGGUGAUUAAAGAUACUGAGUCCUUGUUCAAAACCCGGGAAAAAGAAUAUCAGGAAACCAUUGACCAGAUAGAGCUGGAGCUGGCCACAGCAAAGAAUGACAUGAACCGGCACCUGCAUGAGUACAUGGAGAUGUGCAGCAUGAAGCGGGGCCUGGAUGUGCAGAUGGAGACCUGCCGCCGACUCAUCACUCAGUCUGGAGACCGAAAGUCUCCUGCUUUCACUGCGGUCCCGCUUAGCGACCCGCCGCCACCGCCAAGCGAGACUGAAGACUCCGAUCGCGAUGUCUCAUCUGAUAGCUCCAUGAGAUAGGGACCAACUCCACCUUCGCUUCCCUGCGGCCCCACCUUACUGGACGCUCACCCAGGCCCGAAGCUGGGGGUUCAUGGAGGGGUUGUACUACCACACCAAGCCUGGCCCUGGGGCCCGUGUUAUUCCUCCCUAUGUUCUUGGCCUCCCUAGAGUUCUGGAGUUUCUGGAGCUAGGCUUGGCCCUGCCCUUCCUGGGCGACUCCCACUGCAAAUGGGCUCUCCUGCCUUUAUGUGUGGUGUCUGCUACUUCCCCAUCUUUAAAAGGCUGACAAGAGUGCUCAUGGCCUUUUCACCAUUUCCAUUGUGUAAGGAAUGUGAAUGUGGGACCUCCAGCUCUGGGGUCUAGAGCCUGCUGUCUUUGGAUUUUGAACUGGUGCUAACUGGCCCAGGCACUGGUAUGAAGUGGAAUCUGCUAGAAGUUCCCUAAAGGAUUGUGUAACACAUGCAGCUGAAUAGCACUUCCCUUCCUGGUAUGGAUGGAGGUGGGAUUGGACAGGUACUGUUCUGCUGUCCACCUGCCAACUAAUGUAUGUGGCUGUAACCCUUCCCUCACAGAGGGAGGCAAGUACCAUGUGUUAAAGGGGACUUUAUGCCCUGGACUGGGUGAAUUACCCUGAAGGAAGAUAGCUUUUAUCUCCUGAUCACUGCUGAGUGACAGAAAAAAGGUGAAGCUGCUGUGUGUAUGUGCAAGGGUAUGUGCACACAUGCUCAGGGUGUUUUUCAAGCGUUGGCUUAAGAUGUGCCUCUUCCUGUCUCAUUCACCAAAACCAACAGGCUGAUGUGUCUGAUUUGGAAAAGCUUGAGAAGGGGGGAGAUUCAAUUCUGAAUACCUCAGGAGGCUGUGCUGAAAUUUGAAUGGAGUCUUUAAUAAUAAUCAAAGUGGAGAGUAUUGAGCACUUUUGUGUCACUGAUUCAAGCACUUUAACUAUAGAACCUUAACUGAGUUAUACGCUGUUUCUAUCAUCUCCAUUUCAAAGUGAGGCACAGGAACUGUUAAGUAACUUUUACAGAUGGAGCCUCCAACUGGCAGAGCCAGCUCAUCAACUCCCAGCCUGUGCUCUUACCCACAUGUCUAAGAAUAAGAAAUAAUCAUCACAUUCAACUCAUCUUUCCCAAAGCUAGAAGAGGUAGAACCUUGUUUUACAUUUACAUAUCACAUGUGCUUAAUUUUACCUAAAGACCUUAGCUGCUAGAUGCAGUCAUGGCCUUAUUUUGCAGUUUACACAUGAAGGUAUGAGUGGAAGAACUAGAAUUGCAUGCUGGGGCUCUCUAUGCAUUCUACUACACACUUCACAAGCCUGUCAAGGUCAUACAACUCCAUGACU